AAACGUGACUAAACACACAUUCUGCAACACCCUAAGAAGUAAGACCUUCCGUGUAGAACUCAGACAGUGAUUUUAGCGCUCCAACACCUGAUUCUCUCUCGUCAUUCUCUCCACCACAUUCCGAUAAUCGCCAUGAAAAUCCUGGUCGCAAUCAAGCGGGUCGUCGACUACGCCGUCAAAGUCCGGGUGAAGCCCGACAAGAGUGGCGUGGAGACCACAAACGUGAAGAUGUCGAUGAAUCCAUUCUGCGAAAUUGCGUUGGAGGAAGCGCUCCGGAUCAAGGAAUCGGGCCGGGCGUCGGAAGUUGUGGCCGUGAGCGUCGGCCCGGCCCAGUGCGCCGACACUCUCCGCACCGGCCUCGCGAUGGGCGCCGAUAGGGCCGUCCAUGUGGAGCACGCCGGAGCUCUUCACCCGUUGUCCAUUGCUAAGAUUCUUAAAGCACUUGUGGAUGUAGAAAAGCCUGGUUUGCUCCUUCUAGGGAAGCAGGCUAUCGACGAUGACUGCAACCAAACAGGCCAAAUGGUAGCAGGGCUUCUUAAAUGGCCUCAAGGGACCUUUGCUUCCAAGGUCGCGCUCGAUGCAGAAAGUAAAGCUGCGACAGUUGACAGAGAGGUUGAUGGCGGCAUUGAAACUUUGUGCCUCGAUUUACCUGCUGUUAUCACCACUGACUUGAGACUGAAUCAGCCGAGGUAUGCGACGCUUCCGAACAUCAUGAAGGCGAAGUCGAAGCCGAUAAAGAAAGUGAGUCCUGAGGAUUUGAAUGUGGAAAUUCGAUCGGAUUUGGAGGUGGUUCAAGUGGCGGAGCCUCCGAAGAGAAAAGGCGGAGUGUUAGUUUCUUCGGUAGAUGAAUUGAUAGACAAGCUGAAGAAUGAAGCAAGAGUUCUUUGAUUGUUGCUCUUGCUCUUGCUCUGUAUAUCGUAUUUUGUCUGUCGCUUACAUUGUGAACACUACUGUGCUGUUAGAAAAUAUAUAUGUAUCUUUAUUUCCUUUCUUUUUACUA